AUGCCGCAGAAGAUCUACUAUCACGACGGGCCGGACAAGUUUGUCGACGUGCCCAAAUACGACCUUCUCACCUUUCUAUUUGAAUCCGAACAUGGCCUAGCAGUAGACGAGACCGCCCUUCAUUUGGCCGCAGACAAUCCCUCCCAGGUACUCACCAAGAAAGAUCUCCGCGAUCUCACGGAGCGCGUUGCCUAUGGCCUACGCACCAACUAUGGCAUCGGUGCAAACGGACCCAACACGGAUGUAGUAACCGUCGUUAGCUAUGGACAUCCUUUUGUACCCGCUGCCUUCUACGGUACCAUUGCUGCUGGUGGAGUAUACUCUGCAGCCAGCCCGUCCUCGACAGUUGCAGACCUAGCUCGACAGGUUACUGUUGGCAAUAGCCGUUUGAUAAUCUGCGGGAAAGAGAUGAAGGAGGUCGCCUCUCAGGCAGCCAAACAGUGCAACCUACCACUCGACCGAGUUCUGGUGUUGGAAUCGGAUCCUGCUUUUAAGUUCUGCUCUCUUGAGGGCAAUGUUAAUGUGAUUUCCGAAGGGAAAUUGACAUGGCAGCGAAUCACAGAUCCGGCGGCGUUGACAAAGAGUCUCAUCGUGAUUCUGUGGUCGUCUGGGACAACUGGGCUUCCCAAAGGCGUCAUGAUUUCUCACGAGAACUUGGUUGCCGAGGCCUACAUACCGAGCCUCUCAGGGCGUAAAUGGGCAGCGAAAGAGAUUGAAGCGGGCAGAGAACUUCCUGGUAUCCGCACAUUAGCUCACUUGCCCAUCAGUCACAUCGCAGGUUUGUUCGGCUAUCUAGUCGGUCCUCUUUACGCCGGCGGUCUCGUGAUUUGGAUGGGUAAAUACGAGUGGAAGAAGUUGCUGGCUCUCGCCAAACUAUAUGAAAUCACAACCUUUUACACCGUCCCUUCUAUUUUCCUACGCAUCUCGAAAUCUCCUGAUGUCACGGACCAAUUUAAGCACAUCACCAACGCUGUAACUGGAGCGGCGCCCAUGGAUGCAGAGCUGCAGGUUGCUGCAAGUAAAAAGGUGGGAGAUGGCAGCAAGACCUUAAUUGGCCAGACGUGGGGGUUGAGUGAAACGACCGGUUCAAUUACAAUGAUGCCGAAAGGGGUGUAUGACGACACUGGCUGUGUUGGAUAUAUUCUACCAAAUGUUGAGCUGCGGAUGGUCGAUGAUGACUUCAACGACGUCGAGACGGGACAACCAGGCGAGCUCUUGGUUCGCGCCCCGAUGGUGACACAGGGUUAUUACAACAACCCUCAAGCAACGAAAGACGCUUUCCAUGACGGCUGGUUUUGCACUGGUGACAUUGGCGUCGUAAGAAAUGGGAAAUUCUACGUCGUGGACAGGAAGAAGGAACUCCUAAAAUACAAAGGCCUGCAGGUCGCUCCGGCCGAAAUCGAGGGCCUCCUGGAUACCCACCCGGAGAUCAAGGAGGCCGCCGUCUGCGGCAUCCCCAGUCCGGACGACCCGGGUUCGGACAUUCCGCGUGCAUACAUCGUCGCUGACCCGACCCGAAUCAGUGAGCAGGAGGUUAAGCAGUUCGUCAAGGAUCGACUGGCGCCGUACAAGCAGUUGCGCGGGGGUGUGGUGUUUGUGGAUGAGCUACCCAAAAAUGCCGUUGGUAAGCUGUUGCGAAGGGAGUUGAAAGAGCGGGCGAAGCAGGAAUUGGGAUUGAAUACAAAUGGGGGUGCGAAGCUGUGA